ACUGCUGCGAGUGGGUAGAGAAGCACUCGGCGCCUCCGGGUGGGGACCAUGCUUGCCCCAUUUGAGCCCCGGAACACGGCCGGACCAGGUUGCAAAAUGUCCUCCUAUGCUUGAGACCUACAGACUACAUGUCCUGCAGGAACUAAUCAAUGGUUUUUCAUCUCCUGAAGAUACAUUAGAAACAUAAAUAUGGUGCCAAAAGAACUCCUUACCUUUUUCUGACUACUGUUUAUUUGAACAUACUUUUGUAUUGAAGAGAAGUAUACACACUGAGACCGUUGUAUAGGAUCAUGGACCAUUCUAGUAGGGAAAAGGAUGAAAGACAACGGACAACUAAACCCAUGGCACAAAGGAGUGCACACUGUUCCCGACCUUCUGGCUCCUCAACAUCUUCAGGGGUUCUUAUGGUGGGACCCAACUUCAGGGUUGGCAAGAAGAUAGGGUGUGGAAACUUUGGAGAGCUCAGAUUAGGUAAAAAUCUCUACACCAAUGAAUAUGUAGCAAUCAAACUGGUGAGUAGAAUUUAUGUUCAUGUUUUGUGUCUUCCAUUCUGUGCCCCAUUUUCCCCUCUGAUUUCAGGUGAAGGUCUUCCACAGGUCUAUUACUUUGGACCAUGUGGGAAAUACAAUGCCAUGGUUCUGGAGCUCCUUGGCCCUAGCUUGGAGGACUUAUUUGACCUCUGUGACCGAACAUUUACUUUGAAGACGGUGUUAAUGAUAGCCAUCCAGUUGCUUUCUCGAAUGGAAUAUGUGCACUCAAAGAACCUCAUUUACCGAGAUGUCAAGCCAGAGAACUUCCUGAUUGGCCGACAAGGCAAUAAGAAAGAGCAUGUUAUACACAUUAUAGACUUUGGACUGGCCAAGGAAUAUAUUGAUCCUGAAACCAAAAAACACAUACCUUAUAGGGAGCACAAAAGUUUAACUGGAACUGCAAGAUAUAUGUCUAUCAACACGCAUCUUGGCAAAGAGCAAAGCCGGAGAGAUGAUUUGGAAGCCCUAGGCCAUAUGUUCAUGUAUUUCCUUCGAGGCAGCCUACCCUGGCAAGGACUCAAGGCUGAUACAUUAAAAGAAAGAUAUCAAAAAAUUGGUGACACCAAAAGGAAUACUCCCAUUGAAGCUCUCUGUGAGAACUUUCCAGAGGAAAUGGCAACAUACCUUCGAUAUGUCAGACGAUUAGACUUCUUUGAAAAACCUGACUAUGAGUAUUUACGGACCCUCUUCACAGACCUCUUUGAAAGGAAAGGGUACACCUUUGACUAUGCCUAUGAUUGGGUCGGAAGGCCUAUUGUAAGUAUCUUCUUUUUAUCCCAUAACCUCCUUUGCCAGAACAGCACUACCACAUCGUCAGAGCGCAGAGGAGAGUGGGAAAUCCAGCCCAGCCGGCAGACCAAUACCUCAUACCUGACGUCUCACUUGGCUGCAGAUCGCCAUGGGGGAUCGGUGCAGGUGGUUAGCUCAACCAAUGGAGAGCUGAAUGUUGAUGACCCAAUGGGAGCCCACUCCAAUGCACCGAUCACAGCUCAUGCCGAGGUGGAGGUAGUGGAGGAAGCUAAGUGCUGCUGUUUCUUUAAGAGGAAAAGGAAGAAGACUGCUCAGCGCCACAAGUGACCAGUGCCUCCCAGAAGUCCUCAGGCUCUGGGGACUCUGACUCAAUUAUACCUGCAGCUCCUGCCA